CAAAAGGAAAUGAUAUACCGUUAUCAGUGACCUUUGUUAGGUCAGGUACGUACACAUUUGAAGGAAACACCAAACUAUGAGGACCUUUAUAAUAGUUCUGUCAGUUUUACUGUCAUGUGUGCUGUCAGUGUCAGUGGUCAGAGUUUCAACGGUGUCGACUCAUAACAUUACAAAUACUCAUAACAGUACACAUCAUAUCUAUAAUGGUACAUCUGCAACUACGAACAAUUAUCCGAAUAUUAAACCUCACAACAGAACAACUGUUCAUCAGCGACAUGGUUGUGUGAAUGAUCCUGCCGAUAUCGUUUUUCUUGUUGAUCGGAGCGGAAGUGUAAAAAUACAUAAUUUUCGACGCGGGCUCAAUUUCAUAAAAGAUUUUGCUAAACAUUAUACUAUUGGACACAAUAAUGUCCAAAUAGGAGUUGUUACGUUUUCUAAUACCGUGAAAAAAGAAAUCGGCCUUAACCAGUAUAGUAAUAGACAGGCAUUAAAUACAGCAAUUGAUAGAAUACAAUAUGUAGACGUUCAUGGAACUCAUACUUCAACUGCAUUGCAGUAUAUUCUAGAUCAUAGUUUUAACGAUAAGUCUGGAGAGAGACCGAAUGUACCAAAUUUUUUAAUUGUAAUUACGGAUGGUCGUGCUAGGCCAUUAGAAUUCCGUCCGAAUAAAGAAGCAGCACAACUGCAUCAAACUAACAUAGAAACAUUCUCCAUUGGUAUCGGUAAUAUGAAUCCGAGUGAAUUGAGACUGAUUGGCACGGACGACAAACAUGUCUACACAGUGAAAGAUCAUCUUGAUUUACAUAUACCGUUACGCCAUAUACGCUGUGAGCCAUUCAAGACAUUACCCCCAACAAUCCCAACAACACCAAGAAUGACCACAUCAAGUUUAAAACAAUGUAUGGGUUGUAAGCGAAUAGCAGAACCUCAUGACUGUAAAGAAAUCAUCACUUGUGCUGAACACGAGCAAUGUUCUGCAGAUUUUUAUAUAACACCACAAGGCCAUGCUUUCUAUGAUCUUGGAUGCCGAUCAAAUCGGCCAGCUUUGAAUAAGAUCAAAUAA